GUUUUGGUUUUGAUUUGUUUUUGUGGUGUGGCUGCCCUUUUGCCUGUGGCCUUUUCGGUUAUUUUGGUGUUUGGUGUUUGGUGUUACCUGUACCCCGUACCCCGGACCCUGGACCUGACCUGCAGGAACAACAAAAACAUCAGCGAAAGAAACAGAUUUUUGCAUACUUAAGGAUUUGUGCGCUGUUACGCGUGUGCACUGCUCUCUCUCUCUCUCUCUCUCUCUGGAUUACUAGCUCUCUCUCUCGCGCGCAGGCAGGCGAGAAGAGCGAGUGAGAGAGGGGCUGGCUGCCCUGCCUGCUCGGCGACAGAUCUGCAAUCCAGUGAAAAGCCAAGUGAAAAACGUCUACAGGAUGUGCAAUUUUCUCAGCAAACGCAAGGGACGACGCAACAACAACGACUAAAAAACAACAAUAAACAAACAAAAUUCCCGGCGAUUCCAACACAGUUCCUGGCACAAAAUUAAUUUUUAUUUUUCAAGUGUCUGGGAAAAAAAAAAUAUAAAUAUAUAAAAAAAAAAUAAAUGCCAUGAGAAGAGCAAAAGUUGAGAGACGAAAGGCGAAGGAGAAAAGUUUUUCAAUUAUUGUAAAAAAGUGUUAAAAAGGCGCCGAAGAGAGAUAAGAACAGAGUGAGAGGGCAGAUGAGAGAGAGAGAGAGAGGGCUAGCAAUUAUCUUUCAUAAAAAAAAAGUUCAACUCGAACUCGAAGGCGGCAAAACGGGCAGAAGGGCAAAGGCAAAGAGGCGUCACCAGGCGACGACAGGGACGGAGGCAGCAGAGAGGAAUCCAAUUUAAUUAAUUGCUCUUUGAAGUGCCUAACCGCCACGGUGGCCGCCGGCCUCCCACACGACGCAUAAGUUAUCCAAAAAAUUAAUUAUCAAAUUUAUCGCGUUAAUUUUCGUUUAUUUCAUUAAGGCAAUCCCCAAUUAAAAAAUAAAGUCAUAAUAUAUAACAAGUAAAUACCCGCGAAGGAGUGAAAGGAGCGAGCGAACACGCACGAGUGUCGGGCUCAACAAUUUAGUAGGUAUACAAAAUACCGAAAAAAUACACAUAAAAUCCACCGACGGACAGGGACAGAAAAAGCCCGCGAGCGAGAACGACAUUCCGACCGAAAUGAAUCCGACGCCCGUGGGCAUUGGAUUCGGGUUUGGUCGCAAGCCGCCCCCCAACAACGCAAAAAUGCGCUCCCGCUGGCGACCCCGGUCCCGGUCCCGCUCCCGGCCAUCGGCUCUGUCCGUCCAGGGGGGCGUGGAGAGCGACAUUCCGCAUACCGCCGCGGCGGAACCAACCGAAACAUUCCAGGCCACAGUCCAAAAACACAGUGAGGACAGCAAUCACUCGAGGAUCCAGGAUCAGCAUCAGCAUCAGGAUCAACACCACCAGCAGCAGCACCACCACCACCACAGCAAACAGCACAGCCAGUUGACAACCCUGGCCGUCCUGCUACUGGCCCUCGUGGCCAUCAACCAUCUGGAUAGCCUGCUCCCGUGGGCACCGGCAACGGCCACGCGGAUCGAAGGAGCGCGUCAACGUCACGGAUCACCAGGUAACUACAACAAUGACAAAAACUACCUAUAAAUAGGGGGUGUGUGG